GCCCGCCAAUGACACACUCUCUUCUUCUUUCUCUUUCUCUCUCACAACGCUUUCUCUCUCUUCCUCACUAUUCACUCUCAUUCAUUCAUUCUUUUCUUUUCUUUCAUUUUCUUUUCUUUGUUUCUGUGCGUGACGAAACGAAACGAAACGAUGAACGGGUCUCUCGCUCAGCGUGCGGCACAGGGCGUGUUUACCAUAUCCACCAAUGCUUCUUCUUCUCAUUCUCAGUCUCCGUUUCCCGCAUUCUUCGUUCCUAGGGUUUCUUCCUUCUCUUCAAAGCCUCCUCCUCCUCCUUCCUGUUCUUCUUCAUCCGUUUACUAUACUUCUUGUUCUUGCUAUUGUGCCUCUUCUCUCUACUCUUUCAAGCCUAAGAUUAAGGCACAAGACUAUCUUGCCUCUCCUCCCAAAAUGGCAGCUGUCUCUACCCGCACUUUCCUCAACGCUCGCUCUGAACAAGAGCUUCUUUCUGGAAUCAAGAAGGAAGCACAAUCAGGAAAUCUGCCUGCUCACGUUGCUGCAGGGAUGGAAGAAGUGUACAAAAACUAUAAAAGUGCAGUAGUCAAAAGUGGAAAUCCCAAGGCAGACGAGAUUGUUUUGUCAAAUAUGUCUGCUUUUCUAGAUCGCAUAUCUUUGGAUGUGUCGGAUCCCUUUGUCUUUGAGCCACACCACAAAGCAAAGAGGGAGCCUUUCGACUACUACACGUUUGGUCAAAAUUAUAUCCGUCCUCUAAUUGAUUUCAAAAAUUCUUAUGUUGGCAACAUGCCCCUUUUCACUGAAAUGGAAGAAAGACUUAAGAAGGGACACAAUAUCAUCUUGAUGUCAAAUCACCAGACUGAAGCAGAUCCUGCUGUUAUUGCACUGCUAAUUGAAAAAAAGGCCCCACAUCUUGCUGAAAACAUGAUCUAUGUAGCAGGAGAUAGAGUUGUUACUGAUCCUAUGUGCAAGCCCUUCAGUAUUGGCAGGAAUCUGAUUUGUGUAUACUCUAAAAAGCACAUGCUUGACGACCCCUCACAAAUAGAGAUGAAAAAAAAAGCAAAUACACGAAGUUUGAAGGAGAUGGCUGUGCUUUUAAGGGGUGGAUCUCAGCUAAUCUGGAUUGCCCCAAGUGGUGGUAGGGAUCGAACAGAUCCAAAAACUGGAGAAUUUGUACCAGCACCCUUUGAUCCUGCUUCAGUAGACAAUAUGCGAAGACUUGUUGAGAAUUCCGGUCCACCAGGUCAUAUAUAUCCUAUGGCAUUACUGUGCUAUGAUAUAAUGCCCCCUCCAGCAACGGUGGAAAAAAAGAUUGGGGAGAAAAGAAUUAUAUCUUUUCAUGGGACUGCCUUAUCUGUGACUCCACCAAUAAGCUUUCCUGCAAGUGGAAAACCUGAACAGGCCAAGGAUGACUCUACAAAAGUUCUGUAUGAUUCCGUGACUGAGCAAUAUACUGUGCUGAAAGCUGCGGUACAUGGCAAAAAAGGGUUACAAGCGUCAACUCCUAAAGUCUCGUUGUCACAGCCGUGGAACUAGUUCAAAUCUGAAUGUUCUUCAUUAUAUUUUUCUCUGAUAAUCAGGUCGAAAUGUUUUUUUCCCCUUAUAAGACGCUUUCAAGCAAUUUUAUCUCAGCUCACCAGAGUGCAGAGGGAAUUGCUCAUUGCUUGCUGCCUUCACCCAAUGAAUGAUUAGCUAUUUAGCUGGAUGGAAGUUUGCAGG